UCCCGCGUGUGCCGUGCCCGGUUUCCGUUCCCCAGCUCCGCCGUGCGCGAGCCCCGCCGCUCAUUUGCAUGCGAUUUGCAUGCGGCGGAGCGGCGGCGCGGAGCCAUGUCGGCGGCGCCGCGGGGCUGCGGCGGGGCCCCGCGGGGCAGGGCCGGCGAGAAGCAGUGCUCAUGGGCUUCCUACAUGACCAACUCCCCGACGCUGAUUGUGAUGAUCGGGCUGCCUGCCAGGGGCAAGACCUACAUGUCCAAAAAGCUCACCCGCUACCUCAACUGGAUCGGGGUGCCCACCAAAGUGUUUAAUUUAGGGGUGUAUCGGCGUGAAGCAGUGAAGUCCUACAAGUCCUACGACUUCUUCAGGCACGACAACAAAGAGGCCAUGGAAAUCCGCAAACGCUGUGCCCUCGUGGCUCUGGAAGAUGUGAAGUCUUAUCUCUUGGAGGAGUGUGGGCAAAUAGCUGUGUUUGAUGCGACCAACACGACUCGGGAGCGCCGGGACCUGAUCUUAAACUUUGCUAAGGAAAAUGCUUUCAAGGUGUUUUUCGUGGAGUCUGUCUGUGAUGAUCCAGAGGUCAUCGCUGCCAAUAUCCUGGAGGUGAAAGUUUCCAGUCCUGACUACCCGGAGAGGCACAGGGAGAAUGUGAUGGACGAUUUCCUGAAGAGGAUUGAGUGCUACAAGGUCACCUACCAGCCUCUGGACCCGGAUGAAUAUGACAAAGAUCUCUCCUUCAUUAAAGUGAUCAACGUGGGCCAGCGGUUCCUGGUGAACCGAGUGCAGGACUACAUCCAGAGUAAAAUUGUCUAUUACCUGAUGAACAUCCACGUCCAGCCACGCACCAUCUACCUGUGCCGCCACGGGGAGAGCGAGUACAACCUCCUGGGCAGGAUUGGAGGGGACUCUGGGCUGUCACCCCGGGGCAAGCAGUUUUCCCAGGCUCUGAAGAAGUUCAUUGAGGAGCAGGAGAUCGUGGACCUGAAGGUGUGGACGAGCCAGCUGAAGAGGACAAUCCAGACAGCAGAGUGCCUGGGGGUGCUCUACGAGCAGUGGAAGAUCCUCAACGAGAUUGAUGCUGGGGUCUGUGAAGAAAUGACCUAUGCAGAGAUCGAAGCCAAGUAUCCAGAGGAGUUUGCCAUGAGGGAUCAGGAGAAAUAUCUUUAUCGUUACCCUGGAGGGGAGUCCUACCAGGACUUGGUGCAGCGCCUGGAGCCAGUAAUUAUGGAGCUGGAAAGGCAAGGAAAUGUCCUGGUUAUCUCCCACCAGGCAGUUAUGAGGUGCCUCCUGGCUUAUUUUCUUGACAAGAGUGCAGAUGAGCUGCCCUACCUGCGCUGCCCCCUCCACACCAUUUUCAAGCUCACACCUGUUGCCUAUGGCUGCAAAGUGGAGACAAUUACCAUGGAUGUGGAAGCAGUGAACACCCACCGGGAAAAGCCCUCCCUGAACUCAGUGAUUCCCUCUGUGUGGGAUCAGCACGACCUCCCCAGCAGGCAGAGCCCUGUGAGGAUGAGGAGGAACAGCUUUACCCCGCGGGCCGGCGCCGACACCGUAAAGCGCCCGCGGCACCACAGCCUGGGCAGCAAACCCCUCCACCUGCUGGGGCCUCUCCCAUCCCUGGAAGCUCGAGGGCCUCUCCCAUCUCUGGAAGGUCAAGAAGGGGCUGAGCAGCCACAGCUGGAAGGCACUGUCCAGCCUCCAGAGGGAAAUGCUUGCCUCUGAGUACCACUGCAAGCAGCUUGGGUGUGCUCUCUUUGGGAAAAUGGCCACUUUAGGAGUGUAGGAGCUCCUGCUUUCCCCUUGGAUCCAGCUGGGAAUUCCAGCACCAGGAGGAGCCGGGACUGGAGCAUCCCUGGGGCAUCGUGAGCCACCCUGGCCAGUACUUGCCUUGAACUGUGAUUUUUGAGCCUGUCUGCGUCUUUUUCUUUCCAAAUGCUGCAAUGUCUCUCCAUGGGGCUGGAGAAGAUUUCCUGUGGAGAUUUUCCAAGCUGCUUUUAGUGCUCCUAAGCCAACGCAUCCCCGGGUGUUGAAAUCGUGUCCCACGCCUUUCCUCCUGGCCAGGUGCCAAAAUUAACCACAGUGGGAGGACAAAAUAAUCAUGUUUUCACUCGCUGAGGCAGCUUUUCUUUGGAAAAGGCAUUUCCAGGCCGAAUCCCCGAGGUUUUAUUUCUCCAUUUCCAAGUUAUUUCCAAGUUCAGACUCAAUUUUUUUCUGGUUUUCAGCCGUCCAGGGAGCUCCUGGUAGGGUUUGACUUUCCCUCCUUGAGUGCUGGUGUGAAUCCCCCAGUCUGAGCCAGUUUCUGCUUGGAUGUUUGUUCCAGGUUUUUGCUUGGAUCUGACACUCAGGUCAGCACAUCCAUCCCAUGGGAGGGACAGAUGGGAUAAACCCUCCUGCCCCUCUCUGGGAGCAGCACAGCUCCCAGUGCUUUAAAUCCCACCUCAAGCCCUAUUUUAGCUUCUCCUCCCUACCUAAACUCCAUCCUCUCGCUCAUUUUUCCUGCAUUUUUGGGGUGUUUUUAUGCAUUUACCCCAGAAAAUGGGAGCGUGGCUGGGACCAGCAGGGCUCCUGGGCAGGGUUUGCAGGAAGCACAAGGUUUUUUUUACCAGUUUCCUUUAUUUUACGCCAAAUUUUUAGGCCCACAACAAGCUUUUAACUUGCCUCUGAAUAAGCUGUGAAUGUUCCCAAUGCUGCCUUUCAUAGUUUUAAGCUGUUGUAGAGUUUGGAGCAUAGGUGGUGCAGCUCUAUGUGCCCAUGUCUUGACUUAAAUCCUUCUUUAAAUCCCCACCAAAGCCCAAAUUUUCAGUUCUCUCCCACCAGUCUUGACUUGCAUUUUGCCAAACUCCGUUUUACCCCACUCCAGCUGUUCUUGCAAUAAGGGCAGGACCCUCAGGUUGGGUGAAGAAAGGAACAUUUGGGUCCAGAGCAGGAGGCUGUUCUGGACCUGCUGUUCUCAGGUGACUCCAGGAUUUAUCUGAGCAAUUCUGGGCCUCAGGAAUUGCUUAUUUUAAACGUGUAAAUAAAUGUUGGAUGUACCCACAGCAGGGAAAAUAAGCCCUGGUUGUGGAGGAGCUCAGCAACCCCAGAGCUUGAGGCUUAACCUGGGCGUUUUGAGCUCAAACUUGGUUGUUUUAAACACUCCCAGAGUUGUAAUUUGAUAAAACUGUGAUAGAGAGGACCAAGGCACAAAUCUGGACCCCUCAGGAUUUCUGAGGAGCAGAAAAAUGUGUUGAUCUAAAGCAGUUGUGCCACAGAGGGGUGAAGUUUGCUGGUGAGAAAUUGAGUUUUUAUUCGUUUUUCUCCUCAGGGUUUUCCCCUCCAGGUCUGGUUUUGGGUUUUAAAUGUUUUUAUGCUUAGAAAUAAACCAGAAAAAGGAAAAAAAAAAAAAAAAAAAAUGUUGAAGGAAGAGAUUUAGAGCCUGUCCAUGGCGGCAGUCCUGACUGUCACACUCCAAAGUGCUGUGAACGCACAAACCCGUCCUUGUCAGGCUGGCUGCUCUGACCAAACCCCUCCUGCUCUGGAAAAAGGAGUGGAAAAUGUACUGUAGGAUGUUUACACACAAAAAUGCUGGGAUAACUUGCUGAAGAGUUCAGGAUGUUCAUAUCACUGAGCAGUAAAUGAUUGUAAGGAGACAAAAAAAGAAAAAAUCUAUAUUUUUACCUGCUGGGAUUUGUGAAUGUCGCUGUUGAUUUGUUGUUGGUGGUCGUGACUUUUUUUUUGUUAAUCACUGCUGAAAAUCUGGUGUUCUGCAGUUUGGGUCAGUGGCUCCUUUUGGGGCUGUGGGGUGGAAUUUCAUCUUUCUCUGCAGUGUUUGUGCCUCAGUGCUUUCAUUAAAGCUUUUUCCUCCUGCGUUCUUAGCCUUGAAAUGGUUUAAAGCAAACAUACCUGGAGCAGAGCAGCAGAUCUGGGAGCAGAUCAUUGCCCUGAGGGGCUGCAGGGCUGGGGUGAUGCCAUGGGCAUCUCCUGGCAGCUCCCUGUGCCAAGGAUUUCCUUGAAACCACCUGAUUCCCUUGGCACUGGGCCUGCAAACACCCCAGAACAAACAGAGCUUGCACAACGAGGCUUUUUUUUGAGAUGUUUUUUGGUGGAACAGCUCAGCAGCAGCUCGUGCUGUCAGUGGGGUCAGUGCUGCGGGCUGGGUGGGUUUGGAGGUAAAUUUGUAAAAAAAUGUAAAUUUGGAGGUGUGGAGGUGAGCCUGGCACCUUCCUGAGCAUUCCCCCAGGACCGGGGGGUUUUGUGACCCCCUGAUUUUCUGUGCCUCUGUUUCAAGCAGCACAGGUGGAGCUGGCUGCUGUCACCUUCAGUGGGACCUGCCUGCCCUUCUGUGUGUCACUGCAGAGAAAAAGGAGCACAGGGGCUAAAAAACUGCUCUUAUCUCUGGGAAAAACUGCAAAAUGGGGGAAAAGAGUUCAAGCCAGCCUGGCUGGCUGCUCUGUGUGCACUGGCUGUGAGCUCAGAGCUGUCACCUCUGCCAGGUGUCCCCUCCCCGGCAGCUCGGGUGGGUGACACUGAAACCCAGCCUGGCCUGGCUGCCAAGGGGCAGCUGAGGGAGGAGAGGCACCAGCACCAGCCUGGCCAGGGCCACCUGCCCUGGGGGUGUCCCCAAGGCUCUCCCUGUGCCCCUCUGAGGGUGAGCAGUGCCAGUGCCACCCCUGCUGUCCCCGUGCUGUCCCCGUGCUCUGUUUGCACUGCAGCUCUGCCUGGAGUGUUUGGUCAGAGGGAUCUCACCCAGCUGCUUGUGAACUUUACUGUUCUGCUGCCUUCUAAGUGGUUUGGUUUUUUUUUUUUUUAGGUUUAAAAGCUGCAGUGUCUGUCAGCUCGUGCUGUGCGUUGUGUGCUCUGUGCACUUGAGCAUAAAUAUCUGUCAGUGUUUAUUUACAAUAAAGAGACUUAAAAAAACAC